AUGACCUUGCACGAGCUGGGUUCCGAUUAUUCGAGAUACUUCAACCCGUUCUCGGACUGCCGCCGGAGCUCUUUCCUGUCUACCCCCGGCGUCCCGGCUCCCUCCGCUCUUCUAUCUAGCGACGAGUCGAUCCGGACAGCAGCAUUACCAGGAGCAUCUACCACCAAGUUGCCUACUGACCCCGAAAUGGAAAAGUUCUUCCCGCUCGACGACCGAUUGUCUGCCCCGUACGCUGUUAGAGGGAUGUACAGUUUUCCUCUCUUUCUCGACGAGAAGGAGCCGGACGACGAUAUGCAUAUGCCAUAUCCGGACGACGAUGUUCGAUUCAGACCGAGAUUGAGAGAUCACUUCUCCAGGGCAAACAUCUGCUCCACCAUUGGGCUGAUUAUGAUGAUAUCCGGAAUCUUGUUCCUUUUUGUGGUGUUCCCCGUCCUCAGCUAUACCAGUGUGGUUCACUUCAGCGGGAGCUACGACACGCCAAUUGACGAAAUGCCUGACCAGGUCCCUGAACCGCAACCAUGGGCAACGGUCAACGACCGCCACCAUCCUCUUCUCAGAUAUAUGCGGAGGGGUCUAAUUGACCCCGACACGCCCUCGCACGCGAAGACGCGGAAAUCCGUCGAUGGCAGCGAUCUCAUCCUCGUAUUCAGCGACGAGUUCAACGAUAAUAACCGCACUUUUUAUCCUGGCGAUGAUCCUUACUUCUUCGCGCCCGAUUUUUGGUAUGGGGCAACGCAGGAUCUGGAAUGGUAUGAUCCUGACGCCGUGACUACGUGGGAUGGGGUGCUGGAACUUCGGCUGGAUCAGUUCGACAACCACAACCUCAAAUUCCGCUCUGGGAUGUUGAACACCUGGAAUCAGGCUUGUUUCAAGGGCGGAGUGUUCGAGGUUUCAAUUUCUUUGCCCGGUCCAGCCGGUGUCAUGGGCUUGUGGCCCGGGGCAUGGACAAUGGGCAAUCUUGGACGACCGGGCUACUUGGCGACGACCGAAGGCAUGUGGCCCUACACGUAUGACGAAUGCGAUGUGGGCAUUACACCAAAUCAGUCCAUGACCGAUGGAACCUCCCGUCUCCCCGGUCAACGUCUUCCAGCUUGCACUUGCCCCGGCGCGGACCACCCCACUCCGGGAAGAGGUCGUGGAGCUCCAGAAAUUGACAUCAUUGAAGCCAGCGCAGAUUGGUCGGGUAUUCCCGUUGCUACACAAUCUUAUCAGGUCGCCCCUUUCGACAUAUGGUACUAUCCGGAUUAUGAAUUUACUGCUUGUCCGAACCCUGCAGUCUCUCUGACGAACAGUUAUACUGGCGGCCCAUUCCAGCAAGCGGUCUCGACCACCACGUCACUGAAUAAGCGGUGGUUUGACGGCCAAGCUUACCAAAAAUACGCCUUUGAGUACACGCCUGGGACCGGUGCUAAGGGAAAAAUCUCUUGGUUUGUCGGUGAGGAAAUGGUGUACCAGGUCGAUGGAAGGGCAAUCGGACCCAACGGCAACGUUGGUAGUCGAGUCGUGAGCGAGGAACCCAUGUCCAUCGUCCUAAAUCUUGGCAUCAGCAAUUCGUGGGUCAAUAUCGACUGGGCAAAAUUGAAAUUCCCUACGAUUAUGCGGAUUGAUUAUGUUCGAUGGUAUCAGCCAAAGGGGAAAACGAUGGUGACGUGCGACCCACCGGGGUUCGAGACGACUGAGUACAUCAAGAACCAUCCAGAGCCCUAUAACAAUCAAAACUUGACGGUAAGUGAAGACCACAAACCGGUCAUGAGGAGUAGACGUGUUCUAAUGAUCGAAUAG